AUGCUGUUACCUUAUGUAGGGUUCAGGUUGCAGGAGCCUAUCCAAUGCACGCAGGAGACUGGCAAGUAUGCGGCUGAACGUUCAGAUAAAUAUGCAGAGAAAUACACGGACAUACACAGAGAUGCAGGUAUAGCAAGCUUUCCUCAGUUCGAACAUCUCCCGACAGAGCUUCGCCUGAUGAUCUGGCGAGCAGCUUUUGAUGGCGUGGACCCGGCAGUGGCAGUCUGCACAUUCGCGCGUGAUUGGUGCGAGAUCACAGUAAGCCUUCCGCACUCCACGCAUGGUCGUCCACCACCAAUUACAUAUGCGUGUAAAGAGGCGAGGAGCGAAUGGCUCCGCUCCAGCCGUGUCUACACAGGGCUCGAUCGAGCUCUGGAACAUCUAUUUGUCCCUCGAACCCUCUUCCUAGUUCCUCCUUCCGCGAUCACAGACUCUCAGCUGGAAGAUCUCAUGCUACCUAUAGAGCACAUUGCCGUUGAUAUUGCAGACAGCCCUGAUCUCUUUCCCCUUUUUGAGGCACUUGCCCGACUUCCACGUUUACGGACGAUCAUAAUCGUUAUACCUUCAGAUGCUGUUGAAGAGGACCAGGUGAUAAAUUGGCAGCAAGAGAUACGGCAGGAUCGGACGACUCUGAGACGCAUGAGCGACUUAGUGGACGCACCAGCACCAGACGGCGAGUGGCAUCAGCGCACUUACAUGGGAUGGGUCCUAUGUAAUUACCUGGAAGAUUCCAUGGCGAGAGAGUACUAUGCGUGUGAUAACAGGCCAAAGAUAAAGCUUUUCGUUGAUCGGAGGGGGUCGCCCUUGACGACAGAAGUAAAUACGGAACAGCCGUGGGCACUCUAUUUCUACUGA